GUGACAGUGGAUGUGUAGGUAUUAUUUAAUACUGUAUUAUUUUUGUUUAUUAUAUUAUCUUGUCGUCAAGUAUUCAAAACAAUUAAAAUUUUUCAUUUAUUAAAAACAAUACGGUGUUAUCAAUUGUAUGUUUACUCCCAACAGUAUCAACGUCUUAUAUCUUAAACGAAGUAAAAGCACAGAAAACCGCUCGUCAUACGAUUCUAAACGUCACCCCGCGCCACUCGUAGGAACCUAUAAAAAAGUAGUAUGAAUACGACGAUCAACUGUAAAUUACGUGAAAUCUGUACCUAACUAUUAAUUUGUUUUCGCGUCUAUUGCUCUUUCAACUGGCAACCGGUUUAAAUGUGUUUAUAGUUUUAUACUUGUUUGGUACAGUCUAGCGUAACAUGGAUGGUACAAAAUUAUUUUUAGGAUUUCUAUUUACUUACGGACUGCUUGCACGGAAUUCUUUUGGACUGUCACCAGUAAUAUUAAUACCUGGAGAUGGAGGCAGUCGUCUGGAAGCAAAGUUGAACAGAACAUCAGUUGUGCAUUACAUCUGUACCAAAACAUCAGACUUUUUCAAUGUCUGGUUGAAUCUGGAACUGCUGGUUCCCAUAGUCAUCGACUGUUGGGUUGACAACACGAGACUCGAGUAUGAUAAUGUCACAAGAGUCACUAGAAACCCUCCAGGUGUCGAAAUAAGAAUCCCUGGAUGGGGUAGCCCAGAACCAGUGGAGUGGAUAGACCCAUCGCACCAGUCCUCAGGGGCCUACUUUAACAAGAUAGCUGAUGCUUUAGUGAAGAUUGGUUAUGUGCGAAAUGUUUCCAUUAGAGGAGCACCAUAUGACUUUAGAAAGGCACCAAAUGAGAAUGCGGAGUUCUUUGUUAAGUUAAAAUCGCUAGUGGAAGAGACGUACGCGAUGAAUAACAAGUCCGCGGUGACGCUGCUGGUGCACAGCAUGGGCGGCUCGAUGGCGCUGCACUUUCUGCGGUUGCAGCCGCAGUCCUGGAAGGACCGGUACAUCAGGCGGCUGCUGUCCCUCGCCACACCCUGGGGUGGCUCUAUGAAGGCUGUUAAAGUUUUUGCCAUAGGCGACGACCUCGGCUCGCUGAUGCUGCGCGAGAGCAUAAUGCGCACGCAGGAGAUCACGUGCCCGUCGCUCGCGUGGCUGAUGCCGUCGCCGCUGCUGUGGAAGCCCACCGAGGUGCUGGUGCAGACCGACAAGUAUAACUACACAAUCAACGACUUCCAGAAGUGGUUCGCCGAUAUGGAUCUGCCGGACGCGUGGGAGAUGUUCAAGGACACGCAGAAGUACAAGAGCGACUUCACAGCGCCCGGCGUCGAGGUGCACUGCCUCUACGGCUCCAAUAUAUCCACUGUGGAGAGGUUGGUAUACAAGCCGGGCACCUGGCUGGACGGGUACCCGACGCUGGCGAUGGGCGACGGCGACGGCACCGUUAACCAGCGCUCGCUCGCCGCCUGCCAGUACUGGCGCGGCGGCCGCGGCCGGCGGCUCAACGCCGGCAAGCCCGUCAAGACGCUGCAGCUACCCAACGCGGAGCACCUGAAGAUCCUGCAGGACCAGAGGGUCGUCGACUACGUAGUCGCCGUUAUGAAAAACUGAUCCGCUUACACUAGUUGAGGUAUUUUGAGUGUAUAUGUUGCAGUUAAAACUCUUAACCAGUCAUAAGUAUUAUUGACUAGCAAAAUCAGUCAAAAGUACUUUUGAAUGAAUGGCAAACAAGCUGACGGCCCACCUGAUGGAAAGUGGUAACCGUCGCCUAUAGACAUGAGCAGUACCGUGGACAUAACAGAGUAUACUGUUUCGCCCAUGAUACCCCCCAUGCGUUGCCAUUCCUGAGGACUCGGAUGUUAUUCCUCUGUAUCCUGUAAAUUCACGCCAUAUCCCACCCUUCAAACCGAAACACAGCCAUGCGAACACAACUGCUUUACGGUUGAAACACGAAUGGGACAGAGGUAGUCAAGUAAACAUGUGUAUUAUGUAGUAUUAGGUUUCAAUUUUUAACCAACUUUGAAAAAGUAGGUCCUAUAUUCGACUAUAUACUUUUUUAGUAUCUAUAUAAAUAACUUACUGAUAUGUUAAUAAUAUUUAUAUUUGUUGCAACCUUUUCAAAGAUUUUUAAUGUAACAACCACCGCUUUAAUUUACGUGGCAGGCUCGUGCUCGCGUCACAGUCGCUCAUGACCAAGGAUAACGAACUGAUCCCGAAAUUAGUCGAGCUUUUUCGAUCUACUUAAUUACACGUAAGUUAAACCGUUAGUUAUUGCAUUAAAAUAUAAAGUGCGCUAACGAAACUUUUAACAAUAACAUUUCAAAGGUUGCUUGAAACAGAAUCUAAAUUCUGCAGAACUUGAAAUGUUUUGUAAAAAAACCUGUGUAUAAAUAAAUGAAACAUUAAACAAGCAUUUAUUAAACUCAAAUUUAAUGCAUUUCUAGUUGUCACAGCUAGAUUCAGUUACAGUGACUAUGUACAUCGAUGUAAUUGAUGCAGAUAAAUCAUUGACCUCGUCAUUGAACUAUCAUUGCUAUCAAGAGUUUAUAAAUAAUGUAAUAAUUAAUUCAAUUUAUAUUUUACCAGAGGGAGACUUUGUACAAAAGUCGUUUGCUAGAGCAUUUCUGUCUCAUUCGUGUUUCAACCGUGGAGCAGUUGUGUUUGCAUGGCUGUAUUUCGGUUUGAAGGGUGGAAUAUGUCAGUGAAUUUACAGGAUACAAAAAAUAACACCUGUGUCCUCAGGAAUGACAACGUAUGAGGGCUAAACAGUAUACUCUGUUAUGUCCAUGGUAUUGUUCACGUCUAUCGGCGAGGGUUACCACUUACCAUCAGAUGGGCCGUAAGCUUGUUUGUCAUUCUAAGUUGCAUAAAAAAUACUGCCUUAAAAAGCCUUUUUAUGUUUUUGAAAAAAAAAGUAGCUAAGUUCGAUGUUUUAUAUAUACAUAUAUAUACGUCACGGCUUUCUCCUAUUAGGGUAGGCAGAAACAAUGGAAUACUAAAUUUAUAAUAUUAAAACUCAGUAUAAUUUUGAGUUAUCUCCAUAUUUUAAUAAUAAUGCGCCGGUGCGUUGCUUCAAACAAUACAUUUGCGUAUUUAGCGUAAAAUAUACAUUUCUUCUACGUAUUACAAUGAUAACUUCUGUUACUAGUCAAUAAUACGUAAUAAUCUACGUUUAUCAAUACUGUUUUAAAUAUUAUAUCUAUGUUUUAUUUUUGUUUAUUUAACAUAUAUAUAUAUAUAUAUAUAUAUAUAUA